AUGGAUCUUGUAUCCAGUAUCCGCAAAUCAGGUUCGCGCGGCGGUGUCAACUUCAGCUGGGACGAAGUGGCAGGCUCAGCCCAUCGCGAGAACUACCUGGGCCACAGUCUUAAGGCUCCAGUAGGCCGAUGGCAAAAAGGCCGUGACCUGAGUUGGUACGCAAAAGGUGAUGAUGCCAACGCUGGUCCCUCGGAUGAAACCGAAGAGGAAAGGGCUGCCCGCGAGCGUCGAGAAGAAAUCAAGAGAGUGAAAGAAGCCGAGGAAGACGCUCUGGCUCGAGCCCUUGGUCUGCCAGUCAAAGAGCGAAAUCAGACCGGUGCCAAUUCCAUUGAAGUGGGCAAGCCGCGGAUUGGGCCCCAGGAGGAGGCGCCCGAAAAGCCCAAGGAAGAAGACGCCUCAGACCGAAGAAGACACAGACGACACCACGACUCAGAAGGACGGCAUAGGCGGCGACACAGAAACGGCAGUCGCAGUCGCAGUCGCAGUCGCAGUCGAGAGAGGCGCCGCGAUAGGUCGCCGAGACACAGGGACGGCAAUAGCCGCAGGCACAGAGACGACCGGCGCGAGAACGACAAGCCAAAGGACCAUGCCCAGGUCCGCGCAGAAGAUGGUCCGUCGAGGCGCCAUGAUGAUCAUGGCCAGAGACACCAACACAGGCGCAGAAGGAGUUACAGCCAGGAGAGGGACGAUGACAGACCACAACGAAGUCAAAGGAGAGAUCGGAGUCAUAGCCCAAGGAACGACCAUGGCAGAGAAGGACGCCAUAGAGCACUUUCAAGGGAGAGACGGACGGGCGGAAAUAAGGAUGGCCCAGAGCGUAGGGACUCUAAAUCUGCAUAUUGA